AUGUACGAAGGGACUCUGGCUGCUUGUCUCUGGCAAGGAGACUCCCCUCCAGCCUCUCAGGCUGAGGAACAAGCCAAGUGGGACCAGAAGCAGGACAAGGCUGUAGGUGAACUGUUUCUUCACUGCUCUGCAGACCAAAGGCUGCAUUUUGAGGAUGUUCAGGACGACCCUAUUAAGAUCUGGACCACCCUAGAGUCUACCCAUGUCCAGCAGCUCCCUGCUACUUGUUUCAACGCUUGGAAUGACUUCUUCACUAUCAGGAAGCGCCCUGAUGAGUCCUUGAGCACUCUCAUUGCCAGGAUUGAGGAGGGCAUGGCCAAGAUCCAGAGACUGCGCCCUCAGGACUCUAGUAAGCCCUACAGUCGUCUGUCUGACCUUGAUGCUGAGCUGGUGUCUAUGGCCAUGAUCCGUGCUCUGGGCGAAAACUAUGCCCAAUUUGCAUCUAGCCUGAUCCUUCUCAAGUCCUUGGACCAGAAGGAGCUCAAGGCCGCCUUCCUUGCUGAGGAAACCCAGCACCAUCAACGUGCUGAUGCUCUUGGAGUGUCCUCUAGCGAUUCUGCCCUAUUCUCUGCCCCUGGGGCGCCGCCUAGUAGCUGUAAGUGCGGUGCUAAUGCUAUCUGCGACUUCUGUGAGAAGGCAGGUCAUUGCGUGCACAAGUGCUUUGCCAUGCAGCGCGCCAGAGAGGUGCACAAGACUAGGCAGGCGCCCAACCAGUCAGGCAAGUCAGGCAAGAGGCCUAGGAACGCUAACAAGGCCUCUGAAGCUACCCAGUGUGGCAUAGUGCGCCAGCACACUGUCAGGGCUCGUCCUUAA